AGUAUCGCACUGUUUUCGAGAUCGCGGGUCGCAAGAACGAAAAAUUGACAUUCGUUGGCGAACACAUGAAUCCUGCCAUUGCGAACACCUUUUGCGAUGCUGCAGCCUCUGCCAGAUAUCGAAGCGUUGAUUGCGCUGACGACUCCGGACAUUUCCUUCUGGUUCGGGGCAUGCUUCCACGAUGCUGAAUGCGCCGAGGUUGUCGGAACAAGGCAGUGAAUCGCAAGACCCAAGCUAGAAGAAGGGAAAGGGAAAACCUGCGCAAACUAUACCAUAACUGGAUUCACAAGAAGGGUCAAAAUUCCGAAGAACGAAAAUCGCGAACUGUCUCCCGCGCCGAGCUUUCAACAAUCGAUCGAUGCGAUGUAAAAUACGCACCAGCCGGCGUGAUGGGUUUUCUGAGUAGCAGUACGGCCGGACAGCUACGGGGACCGACGGAUACAAAUGCCACGGACGACAGGCAAAACAGGAAGCCAGCGGCCAUAAUGGAAAGUGGAUCUUCAAACCAGUUCCAUCGACGACAAAAUUAUUCAGACAUCGAACUGUGUCAAAGCGGGAAAAGACAGCUUCGUGACAGCCCUGCAGAUGGUGACAAUCUGGAGAAUAUGCGCCUCGAUAUGAUUACCCCAGGGAGAAUGUCACACGAGUAAAAGCACUCAAAAGUGGUCAGACUUCAAAGCUCGGAAAAUCACCCAGGAUUUUGUUGCUGUUGAAGCCCUAGUUUUGGUGUGUUUCAACAUCCGACCGAUCGUGAUUUUGGUCAGCUGUCCACGUGCGAGUUUGUCAACACUGGUCAGAACAUCUUAACAGAAAACGGUCCGCCCCGGGAAAAGC